GGCGCCCUUGAAUUCGUCGAGAUUAUCACGCGUUCGUAACCAUGACCCAAGGUUUUGUUACCAAGGAAGGUCAGUAUGAGGAUAAAGGGAAACCUGCUGCCAUCAGGUCAAGCAACAUAGUUGCUGCAAAAGCUGUCGCCGACGCAAUUCGUACUAGCCUGGGACCCAAAGGAAUGGAUAAGAUGAUACAAGAGGCCAAAGGUGAUGUCACAAUCACUAAUGAUGGAGCCACGAUUUUGAAACAAAUGAAGCUUCUUCACCCUGCAGCCAAAAUGUUGGUAGAAUUAUCAAAAGCUCAAGACAUCGAGGCAGGUGAUGGUACCACUUCCGUAGUCGUUCUAGCAGGAAGUCUUCUCGAUGCUUGCUCGAAACUGCUAGAUAAAGGUAUCCACCCAACCUCCAUCUCAGAUGCUUUCCAAAAGGCUGCACUAAAGGCUUGUGAUAUUUUGGAGGGCAUGUCUGUCCCUGUAGAUCUGGGUAACAACGAAGAACUUAUCAAGGUGGCUACAACCUCACUUAAUUCCAAAGUCGUGUCACAACACUCGGAUUGCUUAGCACCCAUAGCCGUAAAAUCUGUCUUGAGUGUUAUAGACCCAGCCUAUCCUAACUCCGUCUCCCUCGAUGAUAUUCGUGUCGUGAAGAAACUUGGAGGCACAGUCGAAGACACCAAAUUAGUCGACGGUCUUAUACUCAACCAACGUGCUGAGUCUGCUUGUGGCGUUAAAAGAGUAGAGAAAGCGAAAAUAGCUCUUAUUCAGUUUUGUAUUUCUCCUCCAAAAACAGAUAUGGAAAAUAAUGUCGUCAUUACAGAUUAUACGCAGAUGGAUAGAAUUAUGAAAGAAGAAAGACAAUAUAUUCUCAACAUCAUCAAAGCUGUUAAAAAGGCUGGGUGUAAUGUUUUGUUGAUUCAGAAAAGUAUUUUGCGAGAUGCUGUAAAUGAAUUAGCUCUCCAUUACUUUAAUAAAAUGAAGAUUAUGGUUGUCAAGGAUAUCGAGCGAACAGAAGUAGAAUUUAUAUGCAAGACACUGCAUUGCAUACCAAUAGCAAGUCUAGACCAUUUCAAUCCAGAAUAUAUGGGAUCUGCAAGUUUAGUUGAAGAAUCGGAGGCAACCGCCCAUUGUGUUCACAUCACAGGUAUUGAGAACAGGGGAAGGACAAUGUCAAUUUUGGUCCGGGGUUCCAAUAAACUUAUGUUGGACGAAGCUGAACGUUCAUUGCAUGAUGCCCUUUGUGUUAUUCGGUGUUUAGUAAAAAAGAGAGCUAUGAUCUCAGGUGGUGGUGCACCAGAAAUCGAAAUUGCCCAAAAGUUAGCUGCAUUCGCUAACACUACACCUGGUCUUGAUCAGUAUUGUUUCCGUGCUUUUGCUGAUGCAUUUGAAGUUAUUCCGUAUACAUUAGCAGAAAAUGCUGGUUUGAGUCCUAUACAAACUGUCACUGAACUACGAGCUUUACAUGCUAAAGGAGAGAAAAAUGCUGGCAUCAAUGUUCGAACGGGCGCUGUCGUGGAUAUUUUGGCACAAAACGUGAUUCAACCUAUGUUGGUCAGUUACAGCGCUGUUACUUUAGCUACAGAGACUGUACGUAGUAUCCUCAAGAUAGAUGAUGUGAUCAAUGCAAUCAGGAACUAAGCAAGUUUGCAUUGCUCCUAUACUAAAAAUGUGAAACUUGUUAUUGUUUUCAUGAAAUAUAACGUUUUAUCGAAUUCAAUGGUUAUUUUCAUAUCUAGUCCAAAACUUUAAAUAAUUGAGACCUUUAUAUGUGUUACAUGUCUUAACAUAUUCCUAGUGAAGUUUACUAAAUAUGCAGUAUUGUAAUUACACUGAUGUUUAGUUUCAACUAUGAAAGCUCUUUUUCGAUUUCAAUUUGAUAGCCACAGAAUAACUACGCUUAUAAAAAUAUAAUCUCAAAUUCAAUCUACAAAUCAUCUUAAUGUAAAAUGAUCAGCAUUGACCUCUACUUGACAAAAACAGUAUGAUUGCAAUGAAUUAUUUUUUAUCAGUUCACGUUUAUGUAACCAGACUCAUAUUCAAAAGCUUUUUCACAAGUAACAAUUAAUUGCUUGUUACCAAUAGAGCCAGUUAUAAAUCAGUUGAGUGAGACUUGGUAUUAUUUCUGCUUUAUUAUUCGCUUUCAGAUAGACGGUUAAGUAUUCUAUAAGCACUGGAGCGAUUAUGAUCGAUUUCUCUAAUCACAUCUUAAACUUCAAAAAAACACCCACUCAUCUUACUAUCAGUGAUGGUAAGCAACUAAUGUUACAAGUCGAACUAAAUAGGCCCAGAUACACUGAGUAAAUUGAGCAGCUUCCUAACUAACGUAUGAUUCAAUUACCAAUGAUACCCAUAAAACUUAUAAAAUAUCUUAUAGUAGUACCAAACCUAAAGUAUAUUUUGAUUGCUUUUGCAGAUGAUCUAGCCAAAGUUAUCCAAGAGUAUAUUUCAUUGUAGAAAACACAAAAUAUUGAGAUUUAUAUUUUCAGUGGCGUGUACAUAUACUGAAAUGUUUCUAUGGUUUACUUCCUAUCUAUUCACAGAAUUGUGCCACGUAGACAUGAACAUAUCGUAUGCAGUGAAAGUAGCGAAUCCUUCACAUAAUGACUACAUCAUAAAAAUUUAUUGACUGAUAUUUUAGACUAAAUUUUAGCAAUUAUUAGACUACAAAACUUUUAGUCUUACAAAUUUUAAUUCACAAUAAAAAGAAAGAACAAUUUUCAACUGUUAAAUAUACUAAAUUGAAUAGUUGGGACGUCUAGUGUUUUGUGCAAACUUGUCCGGUAUCUCAGUCAGUUACAAUGUAGAACUUCGUACGUACGUACAUCAGUUCGAGUUGCCAUACUACAUUAGCACAGAGAUGAAGUUGUCGAUUCAAAUCCCAUAUUGGUAGAAGUAGUAAGAGUAUAAGUAUUAUGUGAAAGAUAAGGGUUUGAAGAUGUUAUUCAAGGAGUUUAAUCAAGUGAAAUAAAUUUGGAAAGAGAAAAAGGAUAGAGACAUG